AUGGCUGAUGACGCCGGUGUCAUUGAGGACACCCCUAUCACCUUCACCGUGAAGUCCUCCACUGAUGCCAAGUUCACCUUCACAUUGCCUGCCACCACCUCCGUUUCGGAUCUAAAAGAGAAGCUAUCCACCUCCGAGUAUGCCGACACGCCAGUAGAUCGCCAGCGCUUAAUCUAUUCUGGUCGGGUCUUGAAGGAUACUGAAACUUUGCAAACCUACAAGAUCAAAGACGGCCACACAAUUCAUCUGGUGAAGAGUGCUGCCAGCAAUCAACAACGUGGUAAUACAAGCAGUCAGAGCAGCUCAGCUACUGCCUCUAGUGGGGCGGCUGCGAAUCAACCAGCCGCAGGUGUUCCAACCAACCUUGCCGCCGGUACGGGCAAUAAUCCUCUUGCUGGCUUGACUGGUGCUCGCUAUGCUGGAUUUGCUCAGCUUCCUGGCGCAGGUCUCUUUGGACCUGAUGGUGGGAUGGGCCCACCACCAGAUACUGAGUCUAUGCUGAACAUGCUUGAGAACCCACAAUUCCAGUCUACUAUCAAUGAAGCUCUGCAAAAUCCCGCGAUGAUCGACAUGAUGAUCCAACAGAACCCAAUGCUGCGCGAUAUGGGCCCUGGAGUCCGACAAAUGAUGCAGUCUCCUGAAUUCCGCCGCAUGUUGACCGACCCUAGCUCAAUUCGCCAGAUGAUGCAAAUGCAGCGUGCUAUGGGGAUGGGAGGCGGUUUGGGUGGCGAGAGUGCAUUUCCUGCUCCUGGUGUCACUGACACCACUCCCGAGGCGAACCAACCCAAUCAACAACAAAACGCCGCUGCGAAUCCUUUUGGUCAAUUCCCUCCAAACCCCCUUGGGAACCCGUUCGCUUCACUUUUCGGAGGUAAUGCAGGAGCCAACCCCUUUGCCCCUCCAGCAUCUGCCACUACCGGCAACGCCCAACCAGAAGGCAAUGCCAAUACAUCCAACAACAUCGAUCGUUCGACAUCAGGGGACACGCCUACUACCCAGGCACCGCCAAAUCCCUUUGCUGCUUUACUCAAUCCAGCUCUCUUUGGUGGUGCAGGCCAGGGUCAAGGUCAGACUGGGACCAAUCCAUUCAACCCCCAGCAGAAUCCAUUCCUUCGAGAUCCCGCUCUUAUGGCACAAAUGAUGCAGGCGAUGGGUGGACAAGGUGCAGAAGGUGGAGCUGCAGCAAAUCCCAUGGCGGCAUUGUUUGGAGGUGGUGGUGGUGGCUUCGGUUCUCCCCACCAACCGACAACCGACCUCCAGAAGAGAGAUAUGCUGACCAGCUGCGCCAGCUGA